AUGAAUGCUUUCUUUGAUGGCUACGUACACUCAAGGACAAACUUAAAAGAGUUUGUCAAUCAAUUUGAUAAUGCAUUGCGAAAGAAGAUUGAAAAUGAAAAUGGGGCGGACUUCCAUUCAUUCCACGUCACAAUUCCCGUCGUCUCGAUCUCUCCACUUGAAAAGAUAUUUCAGAACAUAUACACUAAUGCUAAAUUUAGAGAAGUUCAAAAAGAGAUAAUCGGGAUGGUUGGUGUUCUUCCAAGUCUACAUCGAAAAGAUGGUGUAAUCGCAACGUAUCAUGUAGAAGAUGAAGUUGCUGUUGAUGAUUUCAUCAAAGAGGUGACCCAAACAGUGUACUUCAAUGAGGCUGAAUGUGAUGUGAAGUGUUCAUGCGCACUGUUUGAAAUGAGAGGGAUAUUGUGUCGACAUGUAUUGGCUAUUAUGAGAGUUAACAAAGUGAAAAGAGUGCUAGAAAAAUACAUAUUAGAUCGAUGGAGAAAGGACAUUAAACGGACAUACACUCUUAUUCGAAGUUCUUAUGACUAA